AUGAGAUUUGAUGACUGGACUCAGCCAAUUUGUCUUCCACCCCGGGACUUCACUUAUCAGACUGGAAGAAAAUGCGUUGUUUCAGGAUGGGGCAGCAUGGGACUUGCAUAUCCAUCACGGCUUCAAGCUGCCGUACUUCCGAUAAUCGACAGAGCUGAAUGCAUAAACUCAUCCCGGAUCUAUGCAUCUAUGAGCCGAUCAGCGUUCUGUGCAGGAUAUCUUCAUAUACACUCAGCCCGUAGUGUACAGCGUAUCACAUUCUUUAAUAGCGCAAGGAUGUUCAAGGACAUAGCUGGCGCUGAUUCGCGCUCUAUGGCCAAUUAUACACCUGCGUUCACUCACAUUUUGGCGUCUGAUGUGCAGUCGCACCAGGGUGGUGUCGAUUCAUGUCAGGGUGAUUCUGGUGGUCCGUUAGCAUGUCAGAAUGAAAACGGACCGUACGUCUUAGCAGGCGUGAUCAGCUGGGGUGAUGGAUGCGCACAAAAAGGUCAACCAGGAAUUUACACAAUGGUUGCUCCCUAUUUAACUUGGAUACAAGGAAUUGUCAGAUUGUGA